CUCUGCACUCAGCAUGCAGGCGCUCAACAUCACCGCGGAGCAGUUCUCCCGGCUGCUGAGCGCGCACAACCUGACUCGGGAGCAGUUCAUUCAUCGCUACGGGCUGCGACCGCUGAUCUACACUCCGGAGCUGCCCGCGCGUGCUAAAGUGGCCUUUGCGCUGGCAGGAGCACUCAUCUUUGCCCUGGCGCUCUUCGGCAACUCUCUGGUCAUCUAUGUGGUGACCCGCAGCAAGGCCAUGCGCACCGUCACCAACAUCUUCAUCUGCUCUCUGGCACUCAGUGAUCUGCUCAUUGCCUUCUUCUGCAUCCCCGUCACGAUGCUCCAGAACAUCUCCGACAAGUGGCUGGGUGGUGCCUUCAUCUGCAAGAUGGUGCCCUUUGUCCAGUCCACAGCCGUCGUGACAGAAAUCCUCACCAUGACCUGCAUCGCUGUUGAGAGGCACCAAGGACUUGUCCAUCCUUUUAAAAUGAAGUGGCAGUACACCACCCGAAGGGCUUUCACGAUUUUGGGCGUGGUCUGGUUGGCGGCCAUCAUUGUAGGAUCACCCAUGUGGCACGUGCAACGCCUUGAGAUUAAGUAUGACUUCCUCUAUGAAAAAGAACACAUCUGCUGCUUGGAAGAAUGGGCCAGCCCCGUGCACCAGAGAAUCUACAGCACCUUCAUUCUCGUCAUCCUCUUCCUCCUGCCGCUUGUGGUGAUGCUAGUCCUCUACAGCAAGAUUGGCUAUGAACUGUGGAUCAAGAAGAGAGUGGGAGACAGUUCAGCGCUUCAAACUAUCCACGGGAAAGAAAUGUCCAAAAUAGCCAGGAAGAAGAAGCGGGCUGUCGUUAUGAUGGUGACUGUGGUGGCUCUCUUUGCUGCGUGCUGGGCACCUUUCCACGUUGUUCACAUGAUGGUUGAGUACAGUAAUUUUGAAAAAGAAUAUGAUGAUGUCACGAUCAAGAUGGUCUUUGCUGUCGCACAAACAAUUGGCUUUUUCAACUCCAUCUGUAAUCCCUUUGUGUAUGCGUUUAUGAAUGAAAACUUCAAAAAGAAUUUUCUGUCUGCAGUUUGUUAUUGCAUAGUGAAAGAAUCCUCCUCCCCAGCACGGAAGCCUGGGAAUUCUGGAAUAUCAAUGAUGCAGAAGAGAGCAAAGUUAUCUCGACCACAGCGUCCAGUGGAAGAAACCAAAGGAGACACAUUCAGUGAUGCCAGCAUUGAUGUCAAAUUGUAUGAGCAGCCGAGGGAGAAAAGGCAGCUCAAGAGACAGCCAGCCUUCUUCAGCUCUGAACUUUCUGAAAACUCUACUUUUGGUAGUGGGCAUGAACUGUAA